CGACGACCUUGUGGUUGGCUGGGCACAGCGGGAAUUCGAUAUGUCGGAAUGUGACGCGGAUGCGGUAGCGGGGAUCGUGGCGAACGUGACGCGAUUCAAUGCGCAGUGCAAACCUGAGCUGCUCAACGCGAUGACGUCAGUUUGGUUGCGUAUCGAGAUCGUGUCGGGCUUUGAGAUUGUGCGCUUUCGCGUAAAGGUGCCUAUAGUUAGGCCUCCUUCACUCCUUCCUCAGCCUCUUUCUCUUUCCCCCGUUGCUGGCGCGCUGGUCCGACAAGCAACCUUACGAAGGCACCGGUGCCAAUCUUUGCUCUUUUCAUAGCCCUUCACACUAGCUGAGCUAAUGAUGCGCCCUUUGUUCACCUUGAUCUCAUUUGCUCUACUUGCUGCGUGCGUGUUGGCUGCGCCUGCAUCCGUGCGCUGGGCAGUCAACUGCGCAAUUAUUGACGAUGGGUCGCGGCUGCUCAGCACAAGCGCCGCGCCAGGAGACUUUGCGGUGUGCACGUACAAGGAUGCCGGGCCGUGUACUUAUUUUGCUGCACAUGGAUCGUUUUCGUCCGGAUCGAGUACGUGUCCUAGUCCAUAUCGACAUGUGCUGUUUGCAACCUUUCUGCUCUCGACUACAUUUGCCUGUACUGCCACACCGCUCACGUAUGGGUACCGGCUAUUCAACUGCGAGGAGUACCCCAAAACCACCUACCAUAUGGGGCGAUGGCGACGCGUGCGCGGUGCCCACGAUCGAGAAGCGUCCAAAACUGGGAUGACGACUUUGAAUUCAACGCCCAAAGCGCGCGAAGCUCACCGUCCGACGCAUCCACCUCUCACGAUCACGACAUUCGCUCUUCACCACCACAUCCAGAACACGUCCACAAGGAGUCCCAGAAUAGCGCCGAGAACUGGGACGACUUCUACCAAGACGAAACGACGCACGCAGCGACAUCUCUCCCAGUGCAUGCACAAGCACCGCAUCACGCAUCCUCCGGGUCCUCUGCUCACGGAGACGAUGAAGGCAUCAACUCACGGCCUCACUCUGCUCAUCUCCCCUAUGUAUAUUUCUCCUCCCAGAUGUGAUCCCGUUGCAAACGUGGAUCCUGACCUCAUUUCUCCACAAAAUUUUAUGAAAAUUAUAUCCACAUGUAGCUUAAGGUCCCCUGGACCCUAGUAAUGUAUAUUUCCCCUCCCAGAUGCGAUCCCGUUGCAAACGUGGAUCC